GUGCUAUGUAGCUCGGAGUCGGCAGUGGUCUCCUGGCAAAUCGUAACUCCUUUUCUUUUUUUCCUUUUCUUUUCUUUUACCCUUUGUAGAGGUCAAGCCAAGGUUGCUCAAGUUCGGUUCCCGCAGCGGGAGCGUACUGGUGGCACGAACAGCUGUGCCGCACUGUGAUUCUGGACGGAAAAGUAGAUCAGUCGGAACUCAAAACCUGAGGUAGUAAAGCCCGGUCAGCUCAGCUCAGCGUAGCUGUAUCGCGCGGUAGAGAACGCUUGUCAGCGUACGCAAUGGGCCGGAAGCCAACGUUAUGCCAGUCAGGUAAGAAUUGGAGGGAUUAUCGCUGGGGUUGGGCUCCGAAAUACACUAGUUGCCAAGGGGAGGACCGAAAUCACCGUCGGGAAGAUCCCAAAGACGGCCUCAGAGAAGUAGGACGAUCGUGGGGUCGGAAAGACACUCCCCAAACUCAAAGCGCCCAUGAACGUGGACGACGGGUCGACGGCUCUAAUAGAAACCACCCCUG